AUGCUGUGCCAGGAGAGAACAGUGCACUACUUGAGCUGGAGCCUCAUCAUCGGGGGACUUCUGUAUUUUCUCAGACAGAUCGGGACGCACACGCCUUACGGGCGAUACGUGGAGGUCGGUGGCAGGAACGUGAUGGUGCCAGCCAAAGUGGCUUGGCUUGUUCAGGAGCUGCCGUCGUUCCUGAUACCCGUCCUGCUAAUGCUGAGCACUGAGAGUACGACCGGUCUGGGGCGCAACCUACUCCUGGGGACGUUCUGUCUGCACUACUUUCACAGGACGUUUAUCUAUUCGUUACUCACCAAAGGAACGGCGUCCCCUCUGUCCAUCGUGGUGUCGGCCGCCGUGUUCUGCUCCCUGAACGGCUUCCUACAAGGUCACGCCAUGCUUCACUGCGUUCGCUACGAUGCAAGCUGGCGCGCAGACGUUCGCUUCGUCACAGGUCUGGUACUGUUCUUCACUGGAAUGGGGAUCAACAUCCACAGCGAUCACGUUCUGCGUAACCUGAGAAAGCCGGGCGAGGUCACCUACAAAAUCCCUAAAGGAGGGAUGUUCGAGCUGGUGUCCGGUGCCAACUUCUUCGGGGAGAUUUUGGAGUGGUGGGGUUAUGCCCUCGCUACCUGGACCCUACCCGCGUUCGCAUUCGCUCUGUUCACGGCGUGCUCCAUCGGACCCCGAGCUCUUCACCACCACAGAUACUACCUCAAGAAUUUUGACGAUUACCCCAAGACGAGGAAAGCAGUGAUACCGUUUCUUCUCUAACAGCAGCAGCCGUGUGGAGAAAGAUUCCAGAGACGCACGUUCCACUGUUUAUAAGGAGUAAAAUAAUUACUUUCUACACUCACUGUCCAUUUUAUCAGCUCCACUUCUACAAUUACUGACUGUAGUCCAUCUGUUUCUCUAGAUACUUUGUUAGCCACCUUUCAUGCUGUUCCUCAAUGGUCAGGACCCCCACAGGACCACCACAGAGCAGGUAUUAUUUAGGUGGUGGAUGAUUCUCAGCACUGCAGUGACAUUGACAUGGUGGUGGUGUGUUAGUGUGUUGUGAUGGACUGAAAAUCGUCCACCAACCAAAAACAUCCAGCCUACAGCGCCCCGUGGGCAGCGUCCUGUGACCACCAAUGAAGGUCUAGAAGAUGACCGACUCAAACAGCAGCAAUAGAUGAGAUGAGCGAUCGUCUCUGACUUUACAUCUACAAGGUGGACCGACUAGGUAGGAGUGGACAGUGAGUGGACACGGUGUCUGAUCCACUCAUACCAGCACAACACACACUAGCACCAUGUCAGUGUCAGUGCAGUGCUGAGAAUGAUCCACCACCUAAAUAAUACCUGCUCUGUGGUGGUCCAGAUGGACUACAGUCAGUAAUUGUAGAACUGAUAAAAUGGACAGUGGAUUUAACAUUUAACAACACGAUUGUGUGGUAAAAUAACGUACACAUUCGAGGGGGAUGUUGAAAAUCCGUAUAUUAGAUACGAUAGAUGCAUCAAUUCUGUCUGUAUUUUGUAUUUUCAGUGCUAAUCUCAGAUUGUAAAUCAUUUUAAAGUGCAUUUAUAUGAAUUAUUAGUUCUAUUUUGUAAAACUACAACGUUAUCCUUGUUUUA